AUGAACCUCGUUGGUCUCACUCUAGUCAUUAUCAACUUCGAUACUCUCUCUCUAGACGGGUCGUCACCAUCACUGAAAGAUCUCAACAUGGGAAGCAAGACAUCAAGCUGGUCUGAUCAAUGGGGAACUGGAGUCUUUGACAAUGAAGAAAAAGAAAAUGAAAAAAAGGAAAAUACUAAGAGCAACAACAACAAUAACAAGAAGAUGGAACAGGUGAAGGCAGUUGCAGCUACAGGACUUGUGAAAGCUAAAUCUGCUGCCAUUGUUGGAGCUCACAAAGUGAAGAAAGAACAACCCACAUGA